AUGGGAGACGUCAGCCAGAUGAAGUUGCCAGAGAUCGGCCUUCAGACUCCAGAGCAUGAAGAACUUCUCAACAUCAUCGAUAGCCUGCGUUCCCAUGGCAUUAGUCAGUACAUCGACAUCCCACAGCUGAUUGUGUGCGGCGACCAGAGUUCAGGCAAAUCUAGUGUGCUGGAAGCCAUAUCCGGGCUGCGGUUCCCUACGAAAGACAACCUCUGCACUCGCUUUGCAACCGAACUGAUCCUUCGGCGUGGACCCUCCCCAAGCAUCAACGUGACAAUCAUCCCACACGGUGACCGCACCGAGAAAGAUGCAGAGUAUCUUUCCAAGUUCAAAUCACCCUCAAACUCCCUCGAUGACUUUGCAGACAUUGUCAGAUCCGCCGAGAAAGCCAUGGGCUUGGACUUCCUCAACGCAGUUUUCUCCCGAGAUAUUCUGAGAGUGGAGCUUUGUGGCCCUACUCAGCCCAACUUGACAUUGGUCGAUCUGCCUGGGAUCUUCUGGGCUGGAGACAAGUCACAGUCAGAUGAUGAUGCUGCCCUUGUGCAGUCGAUGGUCAGAUCAUACAUGGAGAAGAGUAGGAGCAUCAUUCUCGCCGUCGUCUCUGCAAAGAGUGAUCUGGCCAUGCAAAUCAUCACCCGGAUGGCACGAGACAUUGACCCAAAUGGACAACGAACCCUAGGAAUCAUCACUAAGCCCGAUCUCUUGUUCAAUGGCUCGGACAGCGAAGCUGCCUUUGUCAAGCUGGCCAAGAACGAGAACAUCAUCUUCAAAUUGGGAUGGCAUGUCCUCAAGAACCGAGACUUUGACACGAAGGACAGUUCACGAGAAGAGCGAGAUGCUUCAGAACAGGCAUUCUUCGAAAGCCGUGUCUGGUCGUCUGCUAUAUCCAAAACUCAGCUCGGAAUCGACAGUCUGAAACCACGGCUCAGUCGUGUCCUGCUAGGGCAAAUUCUGGCAGAGCUUCCCAACCUGGUUCGAGAUGUUGAGCACGAGUUGGAGGCCUGCACAAGUCGUCUACGAUCUCUCGGGCAGCCACGCAGCACUAUCAACGAACAACGCUCCUACCUUCUCAAUGCCAGUUCCAAGUUUGGGUACUUUGUCAGAGAUUCCAUCACCGGCGUCUACACGGAUUCCUUCUUUGGUAGCUCCGAGACCGAAGAAGGCUACAGCAAACGUCUCCGUGCCGUUGCUCAAAACGAGCUUCUCGACUUUGCCGAAACAAUGCGAGUCCGAGGGCAUGCCCAGGAGAUUGUUGAGAAGGAGCCAGCAGAGCCCACACCCGCACCAUCUGAGACCGGGCCGCUGGUGAUAUCAAAGCCCAAGUACCUGACGUCGGUAAGCAAUCGGAUGCGUCGCAACCGAGGGUGUGAACUUCCGGGUUUGUUCAAUCCAGCCAUCGUCAGCGAUCUGUUCUUCGAUCAGUCUAAACGGUGGAAACGAAUUCUCCAAGACACCGAAGGGAAGCUUGUCGCCGCCGCCAGGACUUCCGUGAGCCUCGUUGUCGAGCAUAUCUGUGACGCCGUCACCGGGGAUGCAAUCUUGCGAUAUAUCAUCUGGCCAAACAUGGAGCCUGUCGUUGCCAAGCUGCACACCAAGGUCGAAGAGGUCCUGCAGCCUCAUGUGAGAGGUCAUCCCAUCACUUUCAACCACUACUUCACCGAAACCCUCCAGAAGAAGCGGCAGCAAGGAUCCCGAGCCACACUGGCGAAAAAGCUUCUCGCAUAUUUUGGCGUCGACCCAGAGUGUUCUUUUGGUAGCAUAGCAACAGGUUCGCGCAUCAACGUCGACGACCUAUUAGAUGCCCUGACGGCAGAAACUGAGGCAGAUAUGGAUCAACUUGCGUGCAUCGAGGCGAUGAAUGCCAUGGAAGCUUACUACAAGGCAUGA